UGCCUGCUUGUGUCGCUGCCCUUUGCCCUUGCUCCCUGCCAGCCUUCUCGCCACCUGGCUCUGGCUUCUUUCCCGUCUUCGCUGUUUGGUCGCCGUCCUGCUCCGUCUCCUUCUGGUCGACUCUCAUCCACCGCUCCUCUGGUCGCCUUGGUCCAUUUACCAAGUUUCCCAUUCGACCUUCUCCACAAUUCUCUUUCUUGAGGCGUCACUUGUCCGGUACCCUCCGCCAUGGUUCCGGCUUCUCCUCGCUGGGCCAUCCUCCCGCUGCUGCUCUUGGCAUCGCCCCUGCCGCACUCCACACAUGCGCUGAAUACUCCACCUGCAUCACUGUUGCCGGGAAAUCUCACGACCAAUCCAUACCAUUCUGGCGAUGGCGCCGUCUACGGAAUCCCGAGUGGCCAGGUCAUCCAACUGAGCGUCUCAUACUCACCUAUCGCCCAGACCUGGAUCAGCUCCAUUACCUUGGUCGCCAUCCAGAUCAUCAACCAGCAUACCGGGCCGACGCUGUACUCAGCCCAGCCAAUUCUGUGGCUCAAGCAGUUUCCCAACAUCUCCACUUUGCCUCUCUCGCUGGACACCUCGUUGAUUGCCGUCAACCCACCGUAUGCGUUCGAGAUGGACUUUAUCUACACUGAGGUCGACACCACAAAUCCAACCAUCACUUGGUCCAACACCUUCAGUGGCCCGAUUUUUGUGAUCUUUCCCCCCUCGGCAGCGUCCUCUCAAACCACAUCCUCGACAGCGACCCCGGCGCCCUCGGCGGCGACCAGCUCUUUGAUCGGCAACAGCACAUCGACUGGCUCAAACUCAUCCACGCCCGCCCCCACCAGUGCCAGCAACUCCUCAGCUUCGCUGUCAAGCAUUACCUCCGCCCCAUCCGUAACGCCCACGGAUUCUACUGUCAGCACGGUCCCUCCUUCCACCAUCCUCAUCCUCAACCCUUCGUCUCCAGCCAAGAGCCAGAGUCUGAGCACUCUGCGACACCCAGACCACUCGCUCCUAGUGUUGGUCGCCAGCUUUCUGCUCUUGGGCCUGCUCUUGUAAUUUUGAUCCAUAGCUUUGGCUGACUCUCCAAUGCCAUGUGUAGAUGGUCUGUACACCGAUCCACGACCGCGAUUCCUCUCCGUCCACUCAGACAGCGAUUUCUUGUCGGCCGAGUUUUCUACUCUCUCUGUUUUCUGCUUCCUUGAUCCCCCCUGCCAUUGUGUCCCAUACUUGUCCCUUUUCCAGUGAUUCACGGGUUGAAUAUAAAAGCUGGUUGUGCUCUUGGGUACACCUUGUGUUAA